AUGGAUGCGCAGGGAGUUCUUGCCCGUUUUCGGUUACCUCCUCUGCCUACCAUAAAGGAGAUUAUCAAGCUGUAUAAUCUGAGAGCAGAGAAACAGCUUUCUCAGAACUUCCUCCUAGACAUGAGACUCACAGAUAAGAUUGUCCGGCAGGCGGGGAACCUGAAGGGCGUACAUGUGUGUGAGGUGGGACCUGGACCUGGGGGCCUCACCAGGUCUAUUCUGAAAGCUGGAGCAGCAGACUUAGUGGUGGAGAAGGACACACGCUUUAUUCCAGGAUUGCAGCUUUUGUCUGAGGCUGCUCCUGGAAGAAUGAGGAUAGCACAUUGAGAUAUUCUCACAUACAGACUGGAAAGAGGGUUCCCAGCCCACAUAGCCAAGACAUGGGAAGAUGUACCCCCCAACCUGCACAUUAUUGGGAAUCUGCCCUUUAGUGUGUCGACUCCUCUCAUUAUAAAGUGGCUGGAAUAGAUGUCUAACAGAACUGGGUGCUUUAUGUUUGGAAGUACAAGGCUUACACUGACCUUCCAGAAAGAGGUGGCUGAAAGGUUAACAGCCAGCACAGGAAGCCGUCAACGCAGCCGUCUGUCUGUCAUGGCUCAGUAUCUCUGCACUGUCAAAAACUGUUUCACCAUCCCAGGAUGUGCCUUUGUUCCAAAACCUAAUGUGGAUAUGGGGGUGGUACACUUCACUCCGCUGGCUCAGCCCCAGAUCCAGCAGCCCUUCAAGCUGGUCGAGAGGAUUGUCAAAAAUGCCUUCCAGUUCCGGAGGAAGCACUGCCGCAGAGGACUUGAGAUGCUGUUCCCAGAGUCUCAGCGUCAAGAAUUGACGGAAGAGUUGCUGCGCAGUGCUGAUGUGGAUCCCACACUGCGGCCCACAGAGAUCUCUAUUUCUGAAUUCAGGGCUUUAGCAGAUGCCUACAGUAAGCUUUGCAAGGAGAACCAAGGCCUCAUUGACUAUGACUUCAGAGAGGAACUGAAACUCAGGAAAUUGCAAGGUCCCGGAACAAAGCAGGGUGACCGACCCGGCAAGUUAUCAGAGGAGGGAGAGGUAACGGAGCAUUGGUGGACCAACUUAAGUGAUUAACAGCUUGCAUCGGUUGCUUUUAUAGUGUGCUCUAAAACUCUAAAAGUACUCUAAAAGAUCAUGGGUUAUUUUAUUUCAACCCAAACUGUUUUUAGUGUUUGGGAGGUUUUUGUGUAACCCAAUUCCUUGGACAGGACAGUCGCAACAACCCAGCGGUUGUAAUAAGUGCGGAUAUUUUGCAUCCUCUUCAGGGGCCUCGUUUAUAAAAUGUUGCAUAUAAACCAUCCUAAAUUUGUUCUAAGAUCAUUUCUCA